ACUGAGGCCAGGACCCCGAGCCGCUGGGGCUUGCACUUUACUUCUAACAAACAGCCCUGUGGAAAUCAUGCUGGCAAAGCUGGAAAAUAUCCGGGAUGCUGUGAAGUCUGUUGUCGCUGGUUUUUGGAUAACUUUUAGCGUCUUUUCCAUUGGCGUUCACGGCCAGGAAGGUGAGAAAGAGAGUUUGUUUUUUUAAUGAUGAUAAGAUACAGACUUUGUCACCCCAGUCUAUUUCAAUCAUCCUGUUAGCUUGAUGCUACGAGUGCUAGCUAUAUGGUCUCAACAAAUAAACGUUAUUUUUAUUUGUUACUGUUUAUUUCUAGGUGUAGUGAAGUGAUUUUGAAGAGUUGUGAGGCCGGUACAAAUGAGUGACAGGCUUUAAAACAAUGUUUACAUCCUUCUGAAGUCUGAUACUAUCAUAACAUAAAGCUAGAUUAUCUAUUAUUACUUUUUAAAUGAGCAGUUUUUCACUGGGUGUAUCUUUACCAAGGCCUGUGGUCUACAUAGGACAUGUCCUGAUCUUUUGUGAUGGUUGCAUUCUUUACAUUCUCUUCCCUUGUGCAUGUUUACCUCCUCCCAGCUAUCAGCCCACCUUUCCCACAGGUUUUCCUCCCAAACAGCACUCAACUCCACGUGCAGCAUGAAUCACAGUCAUCUUACAUAUACACAGACAGAAAUAAUUUACCAAUUUACUUCUCCGCAGACUGUGACUGUAACACCACAAAUCCCUUCUGUUGUUUUUGUCUGACUCUGGGAGGAAGAUGAUUAAGUCCAGGGUCAGAUAUGUCUUCUGAAUCACAGUGGGCUUGCUGGAAAGACUGAGAAGAGAUUUGGUGGGGCCAGAUUAAGGGGGAAACAUUGCAGCUUUGGUGUUGUAACAUUGUGAUUGACACAAGACGGGGUAAGGCAGUGUAGUGACAGGUAGCACAGGUGAACAUCCCGUCUGCUAGUGUGGACCUGUAAGGACCUGCAGGCAUGUGGAAAACAAUGUCUAUGGGCUGCUUGGGAUUGCUGUCCUACCACCCACUUACCCCUCCAGUUUUCUGUCAUUUAUUCACUCGAUUUUCAUUUUCUGUUCGUAACUCACACCCAGCUCUUAGUGUCAGACCAGAAACGGACAAGCCCGGAGAGAGGGUUCAGCAAGCAGGGAAAGAUUUCCAGCCACCCAGAACUUGUGGCCUCUGAGGCUUCUAACCGGAAGGUGACAGAUCCACGCUCUGUUGCCCACGGUUACAGUGUGUCGCUGUGGCAUUUCCAGGGAAUCCUUUGGGGGUAUGAGGAGGGGCAAUAACAUCUGAAGGUUCAUGCUAUUGUUAGGGGCCAAGAAGCUGUCGGGAAAUGGGGAAACGGCUGGUGUGAUGCAGGAUGUGUGUGACACAGGGUGAGGGGGAAGGUUAUCCUCCUGUUCCCUCUCAACAAAUCUCCAACAGCCUUAUUUGGAAGACAAGGACAGGGAUGAUGUUGAGGCUUAGAUUGACCCUGGUGCCUUUUUCAAGUUUUGACCAUUCUUGGAGCACUUUAACACUUGACAUUUUGUCUGGAGAAGGAUUUUGAGUCUGCUGCCCCCGCAGCACUUAUCUCUGUUUGACCACUAUGGGAAUUGACUCAUUUAUUUUCUUCAACCCACAGGGAUGUUAGAGGAUCUAAAUAUUUGUGUUCCAGUCAAAAGAGUUAGUCAUAGUGACUCAGUACAUGUUCAGAAGGAGAUGUCCUAACAAAUAACAAUUUUAACAUUCGGUAUUAGAAGAUCUUAAUGCUUCAUGUUCAACAUGCUGGUGAUUGUCUUGGGAAUACUCUUCUUUCUAGCUGUUGUGUCAUCUCUUAGUUAUGAUCAAAAGAGUAUAAACAUGUCCUGGUCUGUUGUGCGUGUUCAGAAAAGACUAGUUACUCAUCUGUCCUGAAAUAGUGCAGUAGAAAGCCUUUAACGUUACGUGUUCUGAAUAAAAAAACUUAUGAUGGCGUGUCUGAGAUAUUGGCAUUUUUGUUUUACUGAAACUUGAGGUGUUCAGCGGAUUAAUUCUCACCAGCACAGAUGUAGAAGUGGCUCUUGAGCAUAAUUAGUCAUAGUGUAAUUCAAAUUUACUCAGCUUUAUGAGGGGUAAAUACUUCUAGUUAGCACCUGUUUGAAGUAAAUCAUCCUGUGCAGGACAUAUUAAACAAUUAUUGAUAUAUAUUUAUUAGUAAACCUUAAAAAAACACAAUUGACUCAUCCCAGGUGACAAACAUAAGUACUUGCUGGUUCUUUUAGACUUAAAUAAUAUUCAGCAGAACCUCAUGAGAUAUGGAGCUUUUGGCUGUACAGGUUAUGCUACCACCUCUUCUGUGAUCCAUUUGUCAGUGACCAUUAGAGUCAGCUGGGAGAUGAUCGUGAAACAAGGGCAAUGUGUUAGUUCCUAUUCUUGUUCUAAUCAGAAACCGGAGCAAAAACCUGAAAAUUGUUCAGUCCUGGUAAAGAAAAAUUGAGGGACACCAAACACAACUCUUGUAGCCAACCUUGCAGCUGUAGUUAUUCUUUAGGUUUAUUUUGGGGCUUUUUGUAGUUUUAUGGAGAGGUAGGACAGUAGAUAGAAUAGAGAACUGAGAACAGCAUGUUAAACGACAUGUGGCUGAGGGCUACUGUUUAGAAUCGAACCCGAGCUGCACUCAUGAAGGACUAGAGCCUCUAAGCUGUGGGCAUGCAACUUAGUUGAGCCAAAUUGGCCCCCUUAGGAAGCAUUGGCCAUUUCUAACAGCAUGUUGGAAACAUUGGAAAUGUUUCGACUACCUUCAAUCAACUUGGUCUCUAAACUUCCACAGACUUCCUCUUUUCACAGCCUCUCUCUUGUCCUCUUGUGUACCUUUGUUCAGGUAAUGGCUGUGGACACACAGUGCUGGGCUCAGAGUCUGGGACUUUGGCCUCCCAGAACUACCCGGGGACAUACCCCAGCAACACCUGGUGUAAAUGGAGGCUACGGGUGCCAGAGGGGCGAACGCUGCGAUUGUUGUUUGGGGAUUUUGACAUUGAGAGCAGUCCAGAGUGCAGAAACGGCUCUCUUGUGAUUACAGACAAGAAUGGGGAGCGGAUUCUGGGUAAGAUGAUGCUGCACGGUGUUUUUGUGAUGGUUUUGGAAGAUGAACUAAAAUAAAGCCAGUCCAGAUUGGAUUAGGAUUAUCUUUAGUUAAGUUUGGUGUAUUACCAUUUCAGUAGGAAUCUGAAUCAGACUAAAAGUGCAUUGCUGUACUAACAUGUACCAACUUUUGUUUAAUUAUCUUAUGAAAAUCAAAGUUCUGCGUCAUUAUUGUGCUUUCAUAUAUUGUAGAGUGUACACCAUGCAUGCCUUUCUAUUGACACACUGACUGAACAGGUAAACUCUAUUAUGCAAGAUGCUUGUGCAUUAUUUCCAACCAGGUGUAUCGGACUGUGCCUUUAGGGCGUGAGAUUUUAACAACACACCAACAUAAGGAUUGAGAAAUUCAGGCUAUAGAAACACUCUGAUGCGCAGCUUUUUUCUUCUUUACCAGAUUCCAGAAAACCUAGCUCAUGUUUUUUUGUUCGGUUUUCUCUGAUGGGAAGGUGUUCUUACAUGUAGAUUGCCCACGUAACAGUCUAUGUAGUCUUCCUAUUUUGCUUUAUGGCUGUUGUUAUGGGAGACAAACACAACAGGAAAGCAUUGUGUUUUUACUUUACCUUCUGUCAACUUUACCUAUUGAUAGAUGCCAAGAAAUGAACAUUUCACUACUAAAGAGUGAAGCAUGCUGCCUGUGCAGGUGUUCACCUACAUCAUAUUUUGAAAAUUAAUGUCUUUGUGUGCUCUGUGGGUCUGCCUGUUCACAGGUCCAGUGUGCCAGAGACUUGUUGCAUUAGAGAAGAACCUGACACUAAGAAGUAAUGAAGUGAUGAUAACUUUCAGGUCAGGCCCACACCGCUCAGGACGAGGGUUUCUACUGUCUUAUUCCACCGACCAGUACCCAGGUAUGAUAUUUAGGUCUGCUUUAUUACUCUUUGCAAACACUCCUAUUAUUACCUCCGCCAAGGAGGUUAUGUUUUCGGUAGCGUUGGUUUGUUUGUCUGUUAGCAACUUUAUGGAGAAAGUAACAGACGGAUUGACCUGAAAUUUUCACCAGAGGUGCGUCUCAGCCCCAGGAGGAUCCCAUUGGUGGUGAUCCAGACAAAAUUCUGGAUACUGUGAUCCAGAACACACAAAAAUAAGGGUGUCGUUGCAAUUUCCAAUGCUGAAAGAUAACCAAUGGGCAGCACAGUGGUGUAGAUAGGCGGCACAGUGGUGUAGUGGUUAGCACUGUCGCCUCGCAACAUUUCUUGUUUAAGGGGGGACAUUAGCUGCUUGGCGGAGGUCUGCCCUCUCUGAGUGCCUUUCUAGUUUGUUUGUUUGUCUGUUAGCAACUUUACGGAGAAAGUAAGAGACGGAUUGACCUGAAAUUUUCACCAGAGGUGCGUCUCAGCCCCAGGAGGAUCCCAUUACAUUUUGGUGGUGAUCUGGAUCGCCUUCUGGAUCCAGGAAUUUUUUGAAGGAUUCUUUAUCAUUGUGAGAUAGGGCAAAUUUUGGAAUUUUUGCAUGUAACUCUAUAAAAAUGGCCAGAGUCUUUAGUAAAAAAUAACACAAAAGGAUCUCAGUGAGUUUUAUGAGGUGUCAAAGGUUGAUCCUGAUCCAGACAAAAUUCCGGAUACUGUGAUCCAGAACACACAAAAAUAAGGGUGUCGUUGGAAUUUUCAAUGCUGAAAGAUAACCAAUGAAGAUACAAGGAAGUGUACGCUUAAAAUAUUGCAUAAUAAAUCAUGCAUUUAUGUAUCUAAUAUGAGCUUUGUUGUUUUAGGAACAUUAUGAACAGUGAACAUACCAGUUUAAACACAAAUAAAAGUUAAUAAAAGACACGUAACAGUAAAAGUUUUGGUGUGAAUCACAAUAUAAGGGGGGACAUGAGCUGCUUGGCAGAGGUCUGUGCUCUCCGAGUGCUUUUCUAGUGAUGAUAGGAACGAUGUUUGUGGUGGUCACAUCGAUGUUCACUUUUUGAAUAGCUUGAAUUGAACUUUGAAAAUUUGCUCUACAAGUUCUCACUGAAGUCAUUUUAUCAGCUGAUGUCUGUGUGAACAUUUUCCAUAGUGUGUAUGCUGAUGUGUGUGCAUGCGUGUGUGUGUGUGUGUCCCUUCUUAUUGGCAUUCAUCCUCCAUCACUAUCUCUGCUGUGGCAUGUUUGCUUAGAAAGCUAGAGACAGACUCCUUCACUGAAGCUGAAUGGAGUGAGGCCUCAGGCUUUAGUCUGUUGCUUAGAGUGGCUGCAGUUCUUUUUCUCACCCCUUCCUCCUCCUCUUCUUCAUCACCAGUGCAAACCCAAGACUAUCCCACAUUAAUGCAACCUUGAGAUGGUUGAUUUUACCAUUUAUUUAUGCACAUUUUCACUAUUUCCACCAACGAAACAACAGAUUGAAGCAUGUGCACAUAAAUUUAUUUAGGGGUUGAAAUUUAGUGUCUCUGUGUAGCAAAAACAAGACACGCAUGUGAAGUUUCAGCCCAUGUGUCAUUUUAAUAAUCCUUUGUGCUUGUUUUGUCUGGAUGCUUGUCUAUAUUUAGAGGUAGCUUCCUUUCCCCAGGAUGAGGUAAUCUGCACAGUACAGUUUGUAUCAUAGUUUCCUGUUUUUUACUGAGUUGUUUAUGAAAUCUGGCUGCGUCUGGGUUGUCUGAAGCUAAGCCCAUGUCCAGACGCACAGACCACUGUCUGUUGACUUGGAUCUCACGAGGACCUUUCACUGUACUCAUGAACUGUGUCAAAAUCACCGAAACAAAGGGCUUAGUCACAUCAACAGCGAUGACCGCUCAUCUUUUAAUACAGCACACAUAGAACAUGCUAGACUGUCUCACACAGAGUCUAAUUGUGUGUUGUUUGAGGAAUGAGGGGGAAUUAUGUAAGCUUGAGAUGUGCUGUUUGGACUCUUUGUAAGAAAGUUCAGAUUCAUUAUCUGGGUUAAGAUUAAUUUGAGUGUCCGUUUUCCUGUAACAGACCUGAUUUCUUGUUUACAACGAGGGUCUCAUUAUAGCUGGCAGCUUUUGAGGUAAGCAACCCCCCAUCACCUCUUACCCUGAUGUUUCAUAAUCGAAUCUGUCUGAUUAGAAGGAUUAGUAUUUCUCACUUAUCAUUCUCCUCUUGUGUAGUGUGUACUGCCCUGCUGGAUGUAAGAAUGUCACAGGGGACGUUUGGGGGAACUCUGAGCAGGGUUACAGAGAUGUAAGUAAACAAUGUUACAUUAUACCACCAUGAGCAUGUUGUAUUUUAAAAUUAUGUCUGAAAAAGCAUCACAUGUCCUGUUCUGUAGACUUCAGUCCUGUGCAAGGCUGCAGUCCAUGCUGGAGCUGUGUCUGAUAGUUUGGGAGGUCGUGUCACUGUGAACCGUGGAAAAAGUAUAAAACUCUAUGAAUCCACCUUUGCCAACGGAGUCCUUUCAAAAAUGUACGUCUGCUCUGAUAGUAACAUGUUGUUUAGCAUGAAAGAGUUUGUAUUUGAUUUUCUGUGGGUAUACAAACCUUUUCAACUGUCUUCUUUCGACAGGGGGUCAUUAUCUGAAAAGAAGCUGCUCUUCAGUCAAGGUAUUAAAGGGCAUUGCUGCAUGACUACACAACACUGUGCCCAAAUGAUAACCAUUGAUUUAAACUUUUUUUUAACCCAUGCACUACAAACUGCACAUUAUAGGCAUUCUUCAUGUAGAAACCCUAAGAAAAACCUCAGCAUUUCAUCAAAAUAAAUAGUAGAGUUUGCUUGUUAAUGUUCAAACUUCUGUCUUGUCGUUCAUGAGUUGAUUUUUCUCUGCUCUAAAAAAACAGAAUGCAACAGCGUCCUGAGAGUGUCUGGUUUAAACGCCUCAUCUUUCUGGGAUAAGAAGAGUCAAGAGUACACAAUGUCCCUACAGUGGACAGCAGAUAGCAAUGACCCAGAGCCGUGGGUGGAGCUGGAGCUGAGUGACAGAAGCAACAUUACAGGUAAACGAAAGACAGGAUUUGCUGAAUGAAACAUGUUGAUUUAUCUUCUAUACUGAAGAUUAAAGCUUGCUGUUAUUCUGAGUGAAACAAUGAGUGAAAGUUAGACUGGUAGUUAAAGUUAAGAGUAUUGAGAAAUGUCCCAAAACUUUGUUUUUUUUCUCUAUUGAUUAGAUUUGUUGACAGAAGAACCAGAUCAACCAAGAGGAAACUGAUAAACCUUUUUACAAUAAGGAAUGUGCUUCAGCUUAUUCUGAUUAUUAAUUUCUGAACUUUUAAUUUCAUGCUCUUUUUUCAGGAAUAAUAACAACGGGAUCAAACAAGUACUACAUAGAAUCCUUCAUUGUUCUUUUCAGCAAGGACAGAAAAAAUUGGAAGCUUUACAAAGGCACCCUCAGCAAAGAGAGAAAGGUGUGUAUUGCUCUGCUUUCUCUCGUGUCGGUUGGUUGGUUCUUGUUCAGUAGUACAAAAGCUGAUGUUCAAACUUUGUGUACUUCCUGGUGUCCUCUGUUAAUAAGUAACCUGCUUACUGCGGUCCCCAGGUGUUUCAGGCCUACACCGAUGGACACCUCAGGGUUCUCAACAGUCUUAUUCCUCCAGUGGUGGCUCGGUUUGUCCGUUUGCAGCCACUGAGCUGGCACGGCCGAGCCUCAGCUCAGGUCCAAGUCCUGGGCUGUCCUGUUAGCAGAUUAAUUUCGAGGUCCCGCUCACCCGCUGGUGGGUAGUCCUGCUGUCUUAUUCUUAUCCCAGAAAGUCUGUGGGCAAAAAUCAGUGAAGUUCUGUAAAAUUUAAGUCUGUGCUUAUUAUUCUAUAUUUAUCUAUAAAUAUCUAUAUGUUUCUAUAUAUGUUUAUCUCUAUAUAUAUAGUGCAUCCGGAAAGUAUUCAUACCACUUCACUUUUUCCACAUUUUGCUAUGUUACAGCCUUAUUCCAAAAUGGAUUAAAUUCCCUUUUUUUGCAAACAUUUUGCAAAUGUAUUAAAAAUAAGACACUCAAAUGUUGCAAAGCGAAAAAAGUUUUUCGCUUUGUCAUUAUGGGGUAUUUUGUGUAGCAUUUUCGAGGGAAAAAGGGAAUUUAAUCCAUUUUGGAAUAAGGCUGUAACAUAACAAAAUGUGGAAAAAGUAAAGUGUUACGAAUACUUUCUGGAUGCACUGUAAAUGUGUGUGUGUCUUGCUUCAACAGAAUCCCCUUCCAUUAAAGUAAAUGUGGAUACACCACCGCCCAGCCCCACUCCUACCCCCACUGAGGGUCCAGUGUUAGUGGAGACAAGACUGAGUAUGAACCUGUCAAACAACUUCUUAUUUACUCACUUUUAAUUUUGUUCACUGGAUACUCAUUUUUUACCUUUUACUUUCUUCACCUUGCUUUAAAACACAUACAAUAAAAGGGAAAACAGGUGCAAUAUUUUCAGAUUCAUGCAAAUAUAAUGGUAAUGGCGAAAAAAAAUAGAUAUGUAUGCCAUGAUCAUCUGUCUACCAUACAAAAACAACAUGUACAGUCUUUAUACAAAAUCAUUAUAACACCUGCAAUGACAGCAACCACAAUAAUUGAAAGGAACGAUUGUAAUAAGAAUGAAACAGAAGAAAAAAAAACAUUUAAAACAAAUAUUUUAUACAUUGAGAAUGACUGUCAAAGUGCAUGUUAAAUCAGUAAAAACAAUGUCUCUAUCUUUGUUUACACAGCAGUAAAAUGCAUUCCUUGCUCUUGUACGACUGUUUGCUCACUCACACACUUUUUUUUCCUGCAGGCUCCAGUCAGCCUGUCAUAGUGGCAGUGGGAGUGGUUCUGGCUCUGAUAAUGUGCGGCAGUUGUUUGUUGGCUGGAGUCUGGUGGAAAAGAAGGUAACACGUUUUAAUUGAGAUGAGAUUAAACUUUUUAGGAUACAUACAUACAUUAAAAUGUAGUAUUUUUGCCUAAUAGUCACAUUCAAAUUUCUUGUCAAAGUGUAACACAACUACUUGCUUCAGCCCUUCUAAUGAUCGUCCAGUAGUCAAAGCAAAAAAUCUGUGAUGUCCAACCCAUUAAUGCUGUCUGUUCAUUUUCAUACCUGUGCAGGAAAAAAGAAACAGAGUUGAAGUACUCUCUACCCAAAAGUAAGUCAAGUGCUCUUCAAACCAUUUUUAACAUUGUUAAAUCGUCAAACCCUCUUCAUAUGAGUUCUUUUGUGUCAAGUAGGUUGUCAGAGUUUCCAGUCAAAGAGCCUCCCCUGCUCCCGGUCAGAGCUUAUCUCCUACCCUCUCAAGAGAAAUGUCCAUGAUGCCCUACCAAGCCCUCCCCUCAACGGUAAGAAUCCAUGCAGAGCUCCUGCUUAUUUAUUCACUUUUCUUCACUCGUUCAGGGUUCACUUGUGACCUGAAGUUUGGAGGCUCUGCUGUCCCUCUGCCAUGUUUCCCGCUCUAACAAUCUCUGGCUUCAGCGGUCAGUUUGAGGAGCUCCUGCCAGGCCUGACAGGCAAACAGCUCUCUCCACGGGCGCUCCAUUCUUUCUCCCCCCAGCUCAGCCCAUCACCCAGCCACAGUAUAAACAUUCCUUUCUUUGGUCCAUGGAGCUCCUCUGAAAGGGACCCUUUAAUUGGAGCUCGAUAAAGGGCGCUCUGCCUAUUCCCUCCUCACCGCCCACCGCUCCCCCACUCUCUGCCUCCUCCAUCCAUCCCCUCCCCCAAGCGAUGGGGCCUUUCACUGAGAGGUCAAGUGAUAAACAGGACAGAGGGUCAAAGCUAAGACAAUCAAAGCCCUCACUAAAGCCCGUCUAAUUAAAAUAGCUCUGGUUCUGAGGCUCCCCGCGGGCUCUUGGGUAAUGUCGAGGCCCCCACACCACACCCUUCUACAAGAGGUCUGAACAGAUCCAAGUACUGUAUUAUAAGACCACUGUCACUGUAUUUAGAGGCAUUUGAGCCUUUUACACUGCAUGUUAUCCUUCUGUUACAACUUAUCCCAAUGUAACACGCAUGGAGACGUGACUGGAGGGGCAAACUCGAUCUCUCAGUUGAGCCAACAUCAGAAGUAGUAACAGAGGUGUUCAAGAGGCAUCACUGUGAAACCAUUGGAGCUUAUGGGAGGUUACUGGACAUUUUCUAUGUGCAAGACAGUAAUGCACGAAUAAAAUUUCAAUAACCAUGGGAACUCUUUUGACAGUACCUCUUGGAGUGUAACAAUUAAGAGUGUCUUUAUUGCAGCUUCAUAAGCGUAACCCAAGGCUGGAAAUUAUAGACUAAGUAGUUGCACAAUCAGCCCAACUCUCAAUCUAAAUCUAUCAAGCUAACUAAUUAGAGGUAGUUUAAUUGAGGCGUUCAAAGACUGAUGUUAAAAGGCAGGGUAAUAAGAAAAAAAAAAUCAUUUGCCACUUUACAGGAGGUCAUUUGUUUUUGGCUGGAAGCAGUGGCUUCUUGGAGUCCAUGCUGGUUGCUUGGAAACUGCUCAGAGCUGGCAUUGCCAACAGAAAUGACAGAAACACUAAAGGAAAAAAAAAUCGAUACUGUAAAUGUAAGAAUAAAGUUUGGCAAGUUUUGCUGUAUCUCAAAUGGGAAGAAAUAGAACAACACUUUGAUUUCGGCUAACUUCUUUGAAAACUCGUUUUUUUUUUUUCCAGACUAUGCUGAGCCUGCCGUCGGGCAGAAAGUGGGGUCAACGUUUAGGCCUUCCUCAGAAGAGGGCUACACUGCUCCCUUCGCUGUCAGCCAUUAUGACACUCCUGGAAGUCUGCCAGAGUACACCGAGCCUCUACCCCCAGAGCCGGAGUACGCCACCCCGUUCGCUGAGCUGCCCUCUGAGUCACAUGGACCUCCUGUACCAGCACCCAUGGCUGGCCCAAUGAUGACAUCCAGCCACUCUCAGUAUGACUGCCCCUCUCACAGGAUGCUGUCCAAUGGCUACUGCACUCCCGCUCUUCACGCUAACAGCCCACGCCCAGUCAGUGUUGUCUACGCUGAGCCCAAGUCCCGUGACUCGUUACUACAGAAGCACACGUAUGAGGAGCCUUUGUAAGCGGCUCAGAUAUGGAGAAAAAGACUUUUCUGAGUUAGAAUGUGUCAGGACCGGCCGGUGAUCUCAGCUGAACACAAAGCUGGACAGCGUUGUCCAGAGUGUGCUUGCACUGACAGUGACCCCAGUGAUGUGUCACAAGUGUACGAGGCACGGUGGACUACACUGCAUGUACAGUACACUGUUCUGAGAGCCAUAUGGAUGCAAAUAUUCCCUUAACACAUAUAUGUUUUCAUACCGUGGGAAUAUUCUGUGAUGUACUGAGGAAAUCCAGGUUCAGUUGUGUUUCAGAAGAACUGUUUAAUAGGAAAAUGUUUUAUCACAAGUUGCACUUUUAAGAACUCAUACAGCAAUGUAUGGUUUGACUUUUUUAACAGGUGAAUGCAAAAAAAAGAGUCUAUUGAGUUUGUUAAUCAUCCUCACAACACAUUGUAUUCAUAAUGUUUGAUUUUAACAUGUUUUAAAAAACAUUUACAAAGCACUAUAAAUGGUACAGAGAAACUAAGUGGUUAUGAUUGUUGCUAUGAUUGAGAAUAACCACUAGGUGGCACUCUUGAGUUUGUAACAGCUAAAAAUCUAAUCUGUGACAGUUGGUUGCAAUGCUUCACAUAAUUUUCAUCCGUUUCACUCAGAACAAACACUGUUUGAAGUAUUUACAAAGGCACAGCAGGCAAGGUGGAGCUGAGAUCUAGGCUGUCGGACUUCUGCUCCUGUGAUUCAACCUCUGAAGUGUGCUUGAAGAAGGCACACACUUACUGACCAGCUGACCAAUCCUUAAAAUAUUAUUUACUUUUUAGGCUUUUGCCACUUUACUUACUAUUACUUCACUGAACAUUUGACAGGAUUUUUUUUUGAAGAAAUACAGGUGUUAACCUCUUGGAAUCACUUAAGACUUGAUUUAAAGAUCAGGUUAAGAGUUGCUUUUCAUUUUGAUUCAUGUCUACAAAUAAUUUUGUGUGACAAGACAUAAGAUCGUAUUUUACACCAUUACAAGGCCUUUUUGUGCAUCUUAAAAUGUUACUAAAACACAAAUUGAGCAAUUUCUGUUCAAAUCUUCCCCUGCUGAAUAAGGCACAAUAAAUCAACUUUGUUAAAGGAAAAAAAAACAUUAAUUUCAAAGUUGGACUGUUUUAUAAUUGCAGCAGGAUGGGUGUCAAAGUUACUCUGAGAUGGAAAAUGGCAGUGACUCAUUUGCACAAACAGGCAGUUUGUCAUUUAAAAACUUGUAAGAACAGCUGAAAGUAAGUGUCAUAUCAAAUGUACUUGUGUGCAGAAUAUAUUUUGCACAAGUUGAAUGUAUUUUAACAUAAAAGACUGGUUUGUUUUUGUGUUCAGCUUGUGGUAAUGCACCAAAAUUAUCAUUUCACUCCACUGAUAUCACA